AUGGAAGAACCCCAACCAGCUCUCAUUGACCGAGGAGACACCGGUCCGUACAUAAAGCUGCUGCCCGACAAGGAUCUUUAUAACUGUGGGACACAACAAGAAGAAUCGAACUACGUGGAUCUGGACAACUUUCUCGACAUGAAAUCAGAGGCGGAGCCUGCGCCCGGGACGUCACCCAAAAAGGAGAAUGGAUUUCCGAAAAACCUCCACAUUACGUGCAGCCGAGAAGGGAAAUGCGCGGCCAAAACGGCAGCUCAGCAAAGUGGAGUUUUCAGCAACAAAAACGUGCUCGCUCUCGGCAGCGGCCAAAAGGCAUCGGCCAGCGCCAGCAUCCUCGGCAGUAAAGCGGCACAACCUUACGCCUCAACGCAGACACCUUCUAGCGCUAAGAGCUUCACUUCCAAGUCACCUAAAGUUCCGCUGUCAUUAAAAAUAUCCCAGCCGAAACGUGCAGCGGGGGACACAGAGAGGCCCGCCAGCGGUGAAGCAGAUAAACCUCAUUUGGCCCAGCCCAGUGCAUCUGUCCUGAAAGACUCUGGGGGGAACUACCUGACCAUACCUGUCAGUGCCCAAACUAACGAGGCCAAACCAUCAGCAGCAUCCGGCCAAGAGAAGACGGCCACAUGUACAUUCUCGGCUCCUACCGCCAAAUCUCAGGGUCCCGGCCUGGCGAGUCACAGCAUCCAGGAUGACGCAAAGAGACAGGACCUUCGCAGGCAGUCCCCGGAGAGGCACCCCAUUGCCAUGGAGACACAGUCCCCAGACACCCCUCCUGCCACCACUAUCUAUCACCACUCCCUGGCGAUGGGGGGGCAGGGGGGGCAACAGCAGGUCUUCUGCUUCGCCCAGUCGCCGCCUCAGCCGGCCACGCCCUCCACGGACCCCUUCCAGCAAACCCAGAAAAAGAUGCUGCUUGACCCCACCACGGGCCAGUACUACCUGGUGGACACCCCCAUCGCCCCCACCACGAGGAAGCUCUUCGACCCCGAGACGGGACAGUACAUGGACGUCCCCGCCCCGCAGCAGCCCGCCACCCCUGUUCCCCUGGCCCUCUCCCCGCUGGCGGCUCUGAGUCCCGGCCCCUACGGCCCCGCGUACGUCAUCUACCCCGGCUUCCUGCCCUCACCGACCGCGCUGCCCGCCCAGACGCCGCCGGCGCGCCCGCCCGCGCACCCCGACCCGGGCGACGGGGGCGAGAGCCGUCCGCCGCUCGCCAGGCGGCCCGGGGACAGCCCCCGCUGCACCCCCCCGGGGGCGUCGCCGCAGGCACCCCUCCUGUCCCAGCGCAUCACCGGCAGGGGGUCGCAGGCCGCCUCUGACGGGAAGCCCGUCAUCAGCAUUACGACGCAGCAAGGUCCAAGAAUCGUCGCCCCGCCCUCCUUCGACGGAACCACCAUGAGUUUUGUUGUGGAGCACAGGUAAACGGCAGGUGGGGUGACAGGAGCAACUCGUGAGGAGUCAUGUCACAAUUUCUGAGAUUGCUUGGGUUAGUUGGCGCUUUUUAUAACAGUAAUACCACCAGAAACCAGUGGUCCAUGGUCAUCUUCAACAAUCAGAAUAGCAUCACACCAUCCCCGUCAGCCCCAGACCCCGCCCCCUCUCCCUUACCAUCUUAUUCUGACACCACUCACUUUCCUUUUUUUUUUGUUUUAAAUCUUUGAAGCAUGCAUAUAUCUUUAAACCUGUGCCUCUUGAUUGCUGCUGUUCUUUCAUGUAUAUCACCCAGCUUUGUAAAUCUUUUGCAUAAAAUGCAGCAUUAGGGCUAAUUGAGCAUUAGUUAAAACUAAAGCAUUGUGUAAUAGAGGCAUUCUCUAUCAGAUUAAACCAGUGAGCUCCACUGCAAAAUUCCCACUGUUUGAUGGGUAUGCAUACAGCAACCAAAAUGGACAGCCAAGGUGAGACCCGAAAUGAUUGCCGAGAGUAGACUUUCACUUUCUCCGAUACCUUCAUGAUCAGGCACAGCAGCUUCUAAAAACAAACAUGAUGAAAAGGCAUGUGUCUAGGUUAUGCUUCCCCUGCAGUUCCUUUUCAAAACCAGGCUUGACACAGUCCUGUCUUCUGUCAGUUUUGGGUAUCCCCAAAGGUUGUGUUACAUUCUCUCCAUUUAGUUUGCGUUUGUCCAUUUUUUGACAGGUAACCUGAAUUAAGUUUAUCUUUGUGGUGCAAUAAAACAUGUCUAGCAAUUUUUUUAAAGAUAAUAAUUUAAACAUGACCUCAACAUCUGGCACCAUGUGUCAGAUGAUAUCACAGGCUGCAUAUCCACUGUGAGGCAGCUCCAAGCUGGGCCCUGUUUUUGGUAAGGCGAAGCUGACCCACCACCAGAUCCCCUGGAGGGGUGCGUGAUCGUUUCGCAUGACCGGACAGCUUCUCUGACCCCGCCCCUGAGCUGAGGCCCAGCACCAGCGCGGACCCCCUCCUCUCAUCCCUCCGCAGAGGUGCCUGGCCUUGUUUGUUCACACAGAGCUGUUUGACGGUACACGCGGCUGUACCGAACGUAGCCGAAUGCACUUACAGUGGCCGCUGCGCUGGUGUUGCUUGCGCUUUGGUGUGGCACUCUCUGAGGAUUGCCGUAUGUCACGAGAAAGCCGGGAGAAACAAGCGAACACGUUGUUGCUCUCGGCCGCUUGGGGUUCCUGGAGGCUGGCCUCGCGGCCUACUCGGGUGGAACUCUCCUGAGUAGCCGCGGGCCAGCGGAACUCUUUAGCUGGGACUUUUUAGGGGACGACCUCCUCUAUGUGUCCCAGCUCUGCUGUUUCGCCUCUAUGUACAGGGGUGAUGUACUGCUAGAGGUGGUAUCUGUGUGUUUGUGUGUGUUUUUAUACGUGUGGUUAGGGCUAAGGCUUCCGCCAUGCUGUGUGAUGUUAAACAAUUAAAGGGCACCUCUAAGUGGCUCGGAGGAGGGGUUUCGAACUCGGUGCUGUGCCUCAGCUCACUGAGCAGGGUACGACAAAGCUGUUUAAUCAGCGGAAAGGUCGCAAUCCCCAGGGGAUCUGAUGAGGCACCAACUUGCUCGUUGGCUACCUUACAUUUCAGGGCAGUGAUCAGACCGUGUCUUAAUAUUCUGGCACAAACACUUUAUAUUAUUUGGAAUAAAUGAUGUAAUAAUGCAAUUUCCAGCCAUGCAACCAAUGCACACAAUUGUAUAACCUGAGAUAAGCUAGACAGGGUAAUUCUCCAUGCCCUUCAUACAGCUAGCACUUUGUGAAAACAUUCCCAGAAUACAAUAAUAGUAGCCUCUCAUUGUGAAUAUUAAUCAUCCUAUAAGGGAGGUGUAAAUGACCUCAUCUCAAAGCUGUUGGUUCUCUGUUAAAAGCUGCGUGUUAUGAUCAGACAACAGUCAUCCAGAUACUGAGUCAGAGACAAGUAUGAAAGCCUUUGCUCUUGAUGUAUGCAUACGUAUCUGUGGUUUUACGAUUCAAAUUGGAAAUUGAUUAGCUCAAACCACCAUUCAAUAUCUGGCUCAUAAUUUCUUUACCAUCCAUGUUUAAUUCACAGAAUCAAGUAAGAAGAAAGCUGCUUUGCUUUAUUAAUAACAAACAUAAUACUGACCAUUUUUCUUCAACACUAGCCCAUUUUUAUUUGUCUCAAAAUAGGAAAGAGAAGUGUUGGAGAAAAACUGAGCCAUGUAAAAAAGUUAUUUCUUAUAAUAAGAAAACACAGAAAGAGAAUUGAUCUUAUUCAUUCUUACUUUAUGGUAAAUAAAUUUAAAAUGAGAAAGCAAGGAACUUACAUGAGAAAAACAAAUUAAAAGAUGCCUAGGCUGCUGUUACCUAUGCAAAAAACCGUGUAGCUCAGUGAAACAUACCGGAAAAUAGCCAAGAUAAUCUUUGCUUUUUUCUUUAAAUUUUAAAUUCUUUUCUUUAAAUAACCUUCAAUUUGAUCCAAGGCUGCAUAAAACACUAGCUCUAGAACAAUAACGCUUUUUGUAGUUUUUUUUUAUGAACCUGUGAAAACCUUUUUAGUGCUCCCAUUUGAGGUAUGCAUAGGUUGAUUUUUUUUGUUAUACUAAAAUGAAAGCAAAUUUAACGCAGGUAUUUAGAACUGCUGGCCAGUCUAUUUACCUGCUUUCUUUAAAAGAACCUGAAACCGUUUAUGUAACACCAUAGAUCUUUGUUAAAAAAGAUGUGCCUUCUGAGGAUAUUCCAUAGGUCAUUAUCUGAGUUUGCACAAAAGCUUCACAGGUUUGUGUUUGACUGUUACACUUGAAAGAUCUUAAUCUGAAGCUUUGACAAAUCUGGGCCACAUGUUAUCUGCAUGCAUUGGACUUCAGGGUAAAGUGUGCGUGUGCGUGUUCCUUAUUUUCAUGGAAAGUAAAAACAUUUAAAGUGUACCGAGGGCUGUUUUCUGAGGAAUUGUCUGUAGUUUAAUUUACAGUUGUGGCUUGAGAUUCAUUUGAAGUUCACAAGUAUUUAGAAGCCCUCGUGAGAUGUGUUAAGGUUUGGCUUGUGUAAUGAUACGAUUUCUCUAAGAGUUAUUUUCUUAGAAAAAAUUUAGGUGAAUUGGGUAAACUUUAAAAUACGAGUCUUUGUUGUGACAGAAAGGAAGUUAGUUAGUAUCUUGUACCCACUUGCGUGAAUGGCUUUUAAUGGCUUUUACCUGAGGUAAAAAGGAAUACUUGACAAACUGUGGUCUGUGCACUCACUAAAUUGCAGGGUCUGAGUGAAUGUUAAACUAUGGAAUAUUUGUUCUCAGGAGCAAUACCUGUGUGGUCAGAUUUGGUUUGAUUGUUUUCUCCUGUUUGUGAAAAAAACAUAGGUAUGUGAGAGUCAUGUUACUUUCCAGAUAAAGGUCUGGAUUUAAUCAAAACUUCAAACCCAUCCACUCAUCACACACCUCAAAUCUUAGACACUCUUCAAGUAGAAACCCACCUACUGUAUGGA